AACAAACACCAAGAAGAAACAAAACAUAUUUAAAAAAAAAAACAGAGAUCUUCACACCAAGAUUCCUCUGUUUUUAUGAAACAUAACAGCAAGAACUGGUCUUCGUUAACCAUGACUAUUGUUCUUUUUUCUCUGUUUCAUUUCUUGGUGGCAAAACUCUCUGCUUCUCACUUCUUUUCCGAAAAUCUCACUUCUUUGGAGUGAUCUAAGAUCACUCAGCCCCAUACAGAUCACUUUGAGAACCUUUUUUUCUUCUGUUUUGUCCUCUGCUGAAGAGAAUCAUCUAAAUGAAUUCAAUCCAGUUUCAACACUUUAAGAUGGAGAAACCUAGAGGAACCUUUAACUUUUCAGCAAUAAAGUCUUUCACGAACAUAUUCAGACUGAUCGAACUGAUUCUUCUACUAAUCUUGAUCUCCAAACUCUCUUUCCCUUCAGUUAAACUCUCAGGUGACCUUUUCAGGGAAGCAUCAGUGUUUCUCGUUAGCCCGAGAUUCGUUUUCCUCGUCGGAAACGCUAUUGUAAUUACUCUUUUUGCGAAAUCCCGACGAUACAGCUCCGCUCACGAGCCAACAGAAGCGGCAAGCAGCAACGAUCUUUACCAGGAACUUCUUUGCAUGACCGAGAAGAAGACAUCUGAAGUUCACGAGAGGAAAACAGAACAGUCCAAGAAGCUGAAAAGGGUCAGUUUCGAGAGAUGCCAGUCGCAGAAAGCGUUUGAGGCGGUUCACCCGCUUGAGAGUACACAUGGUGGGAAGAUCAUGAGGAGGUAUGAUUCGGAGAAGCAUUUUAAGGUUUGUGACUCGGACAAGAAAGUAGUGGUGAGAGCUAAGAAACCAGAAGAUAAUAUGAGUAACGAACAGUUUAGGACAAAGAUAGAAGCAUUCAUCGCGAGGCAAAAGAGGAUUCAGAAGGAUGAAGAACAGUUGACAAUCUAGUGAAUGUUUGUUAGUGAAUGUGUGUUUCUGUUUUUUUUUUUAAAUAACUCUUGUAAGCCUUAAAGGUGAUCGUAAAAAUGGUACUGGAUGUUAAGGUUGUUAUAAAUAUGAUAGACUGCAUGCAAAUUUCUUUU